GGGGCGCUGCGGCGGGGAGGGUGGCGGCCGCCGGGGCGCGCGGGCCGUGUGUGCGCGCUCUGCCUCUCCAGGAGGAAGAUGGCCCGGGAGGGAAAGUUGGGGUGACGCGUGCUGCCCCGGACGCUUGCCAGGGGGCACGGAAGCGAGCCCGACCGAGCGGUAGCCACCCAGGCUGGGGGGCGCGCAGUCUGGGCGACGCCACCGUCACCGCGCCCGCCCCCUCACUGCAGGUGGCCGCGGGAGCUCCGAGUCUGGGUGGCCCGGGGGCGCGGGCGGGCGCGCGCUGGGGAUCCCGGCUGAGGGAUGGGCUGCGCCCCCAGCAUCCAUGUCUCACAGAGCGGCGUGAUAUACUGCCGGGACUCAGAUGAGUCCAACUCGCCCCGCCAGACCAGCAGCCUGUCGCAGGGCCCCACGGCGCCCCUGCACGGCCUCUUCGUGCAGACCGACGCCGCCGACGCCAUGCCCCCGAGCCGCGCGGUGGGACCCCCGGGCGCUGUCCGAGUCCGUAGGUCCCGGGCUGAGCUGGGCAGUGGCAGUAGCACGGGGUCCUCGGGGCCAGCUGUGACCACCUGCCGGGGCCGGAGGCGACACUGCUGCAGCGGCGCUGAGGCCGAGACCCAGACCAGCUACACCAGUGUCAAGCAGGUGUCUUCAGCGGAGGUACGCAUUGGACCCAUGAGACUGACACAGGACCCUAUCCAGGUUUUGCUAAUCUUUGCAAAGGAGGAUAGCCAGAGUGAUGGCUUCUGGUGGGCCUGUGACAGGGCUGGCUACCGAUGCAACAUUGCUCGCACUCCAGAGUCAGCCCUUGAAUGUUUCCUGGACAAGCAUCAUGAAAUCAUUGUGAUUGAUCACAGGCAAACCCGGAACUUCGAUGCAGAAGCGGUGUGCAGGUCAAUCCGGGCCACUAACCCUUCUGAGCACACUGUGAUCCUGGCUGUGGUUUCACAAGCAUCUGAUGACCACGAAGAGGCCUCCGUUCUUCCUCUUCUCCACGCAGGCUUCAACCGGAGAUUUAUGGAGAAUAGCAGCAUAAUUGCUUGCUAUAAUGAACUGAUUCAAAUAGAACAUGGGGAAGUUCGCUCACAGUUCAAAUUACGGGCCUGUAAUUCAGUGUUUACAGCGUUAGACCACUGUCAUGAAGCCAUAGAGAUUACAAGUGAUGAUCAUGUGAUUCAGUAUGUCAACCCUGCCUUUGAGAGGAUGAUGGGCUACCACAAAGGGGAGCUUCUGGGGAAAGAACUCGCUGACCUACCUAAGAGUGACAAGAACCGGGCAGACCUCCUGGACACCAUCAAUACGUGCAUCAAGAAGGGAAAGGAGUGGCAGGGGGUUUACUAUGCCAGACGGAAAUCCGGGGACAGCAUCCAACAGCACGUGAAGAUCACCCCAGUGAUUGGCCAAGGAGGGAAAAUUAGGCAUUUUGUCUCCCUCAAGAAGCUGUGCUGUGCCACUGACCAUAACAAGCAGAUUCACAGGAUUCAUCGUGACUCUGGGGAUAACUCUCAAACAGAGCCGCCUUCAUUCAGACACAAGAGCAGGAGGAAAGAGUCCAUUGAUGUGAAAUCAAUAUCUUCUCGCGGCAGCGAUGCUCCAAGCCUACAGAAUCGCCGCUACCCCUCCAUGGCAAGGAUCCACUCCAUGACCAUAGAGGCCCCCAUCACAAAGGUUAUCAAUAUAAUCAAUGCAGCUCAAGAAAACAGCCCAGUUACAGUAGCAGAAGCCUUGGACAGAGUUCUAGAAAUUUUACGGACCACAGAACUGUACUCCCCUCAGCUGGGAACCAAAGAUGAAGAUCCUCACACCAGUGACCUUGUUGGAGGCCUGAUGACCGAUGGCUUGAGAAGACUGUCAGGGAAUGAGUAUGUGUUCACAAAGAAUGUGCACCAGAGUCACAGUCACCUUGCGAUGCCCAUAACCAUCAAUGAUGUCCCCCCUAGUAUCACCCAGUUACUGGACAAUGAGGAAAGUUGGGACUUCAACAUCUUUGAAUUGGAAGCAGUUACACAUAAAAGGCCACUGGUGUACCUGGGCUUAAAGGUCUUCUCUCGGUUUGGAGUAUGUGAAUUUUUAAACUGCACGGAAACCACUCUUCGGGCCUGGCUGCAAGUGAUUGAAGCCAACUACCACUCCUCCAAUGCCUACCACAAUUCCACCCAUGCUGCCGAUGUCCUACAUGCCACAGCUUUCUUCCUUGGAAAGGAAAGAGUGAAGGGAAGCCUCGACCAGCUGGAUGAGGUGGCUGCUCUGAUUGCUGCAACAGUCCACGAUGUGGAUCACCCUGGAAGAACCAACUCCUUCCUGUGCAAUGCAGGCAGUGAGUUGGCUGUGCUCUACAAUGACACUGCAGUCUUGGAGAGCCACCACACGGCCCUGGCCUUCCAGCUCACUGUCAAGGACACUAAGUGCAACAUCUUCAAGAACAUUGACAGGAACCAUUACCGAACGCUACGCCAGGCUAUUAUCGACAUGGUUUUGGCCACAGAGAUGACAAAACACUUUGAACAUGUGAACAAAUUUGUGAACAGCAUCAACAAGCCACUGGCAGCUGAGAGCGAGGGCAGCGACUGUGAAUGCAACCCUACGGGAAAGAACUUCCCAGAAAACCAAAUCCUGAUCAAGCGCAUGAUGAUCAAGUGUGCUGAUGUUGCCAACCCAUGCCGACCCUUGGACCUGUGCAUUGAGUGGGCGGGGAGGAUCUCCGAGGAGUACUUUGCACAGACUGAUGAGGAGAAGAGACAGGGGCUACCUGUUGUGAUGCCAGUGUUCGACCGUAAUACCUGCAGCAUUCCCAAGUCCCAGAUCUCCUUCAUCGACUACUUCAUAACGGACAUGUUUGAUGCUUGGGACGCCUUUGCACACCUGCCGGCCCUGAUGCAGCACUUGGCAGAUAACUACAAACACUGGAAGACACUAGAUGACCUCAAGUGCAAAAGUCUGAGACUUCCGUCUGACAGCUAAAGCCGGACCAGAGUGGGGCCUCUUGAUCUGUGAUGGACACUGUGAACCACAGAGUAGCAUGGACAAGAGGCUUUCUAAUGAAAAUGACAGGUGUAGAUUAAGGAGCUAGUGUUUAAUAUCUGACCUGAAUCAUGCACGCCCCCAAAUUUCAUUUCUUCAGAAAGUUACAUUCUAUCAGUAAUGUUCUUUUGAAUCACUCGGUGACAAAGCGAACCGCCUGGCAGCCUCCUGGGCCGGGAUGUGUGUGCUCUUACAAAACCGUGGAGCCGACAGACUCACUGUAGCUGCAGGCAGGACACCAGAAGCAGAGACGUGGCACCUGGGAAUCCGUCCUUCUGGUGGAGACGGGCAGGCAGCUUGGCUAGUGCUCAGCUUUCACCAGGGAACUCACUACUGAUACCUAGCUUCACUACUUUCCUCAAGAGUAUGAAGGAUUCCUAAAAAAGCUUCUCUGAGCAGGCAUGUGUAAGAAAAGAGCCACCUUAAGAUCAGGAUGAGGACAAAAUGAACUAGUUAGCAUCUGGCUCCCAAGGCUACCUGGUAGGUAGUGUGACACCAAAUGAGAACACAGCCUUGGCCUGGUGAUGUCCCGCAGAUGGGCAGAGCCCUCUUUCCUAGAAGACACUCACCUUAUAGGAAAGGAGUGGAAUCCUGCUUGGGGCAGGGUGGUCCUUGAUUGUCCCUUACUCUGGGCUCAUGGACACAACUACACGUCAAGAUAUCUAUAAAAGCCAUUAAAUCUGAAUGCUUGUGGGCAAGCUUUUUUUAAAAAAAAAUUUAAGAGAAGAAAAAUUUAUAUAUACAUAUAUAUAUUUGCUGUUCAAAGAUUUUUAUUCAAACAUUCUAAAUGCCCUGGAUCUUUACCCCUAGAGUUCGCUGGGCUUUGCCUGUAUUUGGGGAGGAAGUGUUAAGGGUCAGAUAUUCUUAAUUUAUAUUUGAGAUCAUACCAUUUGCUUUAAUGAUGUAAAAAGAGAUUGCAAGGACUGUAAAUAUACCCGAGCAUAGGCAUAUGGAGAGGCAGUAAAUACUAUUUUAAGCUAUUAAUUGUAUGGUAAGGCUUCUAAAGCACAAGUGCAUAUUUUUAUACAAAUCUUUUCACAACUUUCUGUGCUCUGCAUAAAGUCAGACUGGAGAUCUUUCCUUUCUCUUUUAUCAGCCAUCCCUUCUCUAUGUAUUAUGAAUAUCAGAGACUAAGUAAGCAAAAUACCUUAGUUUUAUUUUGUCUGUACUCCAUGAUGCAUUUUUAAGAGGCAUAGAAACUGAACGAACUGAACCAGUAGCUACAUUUUUCCAAAUGAAAAUUGGACUGUAGAAUAUGAAAAAAAAAUCAGUACAUGGGGAAAAAAGACAACUUACCACUAUGUAAUGUGCCAAUGUUUUUUUCUAUGUUUUGUACCAAAGCGUAAACAUAUAUGACAAUUCCAUGCAGAGAAAUGCAUCUAAAUUAUUUUUGCUAGACAGUAAGAGGGCUUGAUUAGAGGAGAGAGCUGGCUUUGUAUCGUAUUGCUGCAUUGUGUACAUGUGAUGAAAUGUUUUUGUGAAGUACUUGUAACUAAAUUCUUACAGCCAUUUUUCAUUCCCAACAGCUGUUUUUAUUUUAUCUCUUUGGCCUAAACUUUUCAUAAUUUCAAA